AUGGGGUUUGUUGCUAUCAACUAUGCAGAGUAUGGUACAUCCCAGGCCUCCUCUGACCAGACACUGUACACCAAGUGGCUGCGAACCCUGGGACAGACUCACCCACAGCUCUCGGUUUCCAAACGCGCCUCCGAGCGCAGGCCGAGCCCCCUCCUGCCCCCGGUAAACACCGCUCGCACCGCCACACUAAAGGAACGCUCCCCAGGACCACAGAGCACCUCUGCCCGUCAGCUUUCCAUGAGACCUUCCUCCCCAGAUCCUAUAUCCUUCCGACCUCAGCCUUUACCGACAGACCGAGGAGCUCGGGGGGAAGCUCGGGCGGGCAGCGGCGCGGACACUCGCCCCACUCCGCUCCCCCUGGAGCGGCGAGCACCGACUGCGCUCGGCAGCGGCCAGACAUCCCCCGGCGGCGGCUCCAGCCAGCUCCCAAACUCACGUGGUGCUACAUCAAAGCGGGCUAAUCCCUGCUACUUAACCCGGCGGGCGGCGGGGGCUGAGCACCACCUUAAUCCGCGGCGUGAGCGCGCCCGCCCGCCCGCCCGCCGGGGGCUGCGGGGCCGUGGCGUGCCGGCCGUGUCCGGCCGCGGGGUCCCCGACGGCGCGGCGCUGCGCUCCCGUGGAGGCUCAGCUCCGCAUCUGCUGCCCUCAAGGUCACGCCGUGCCCCGGCUGCACGGCAGCGUCCAGGUGCGCGCUCCGGUUACCUGCGCGGAGAAGCGGCGAAAGCGUGGGAGCGCGGCACGGAGCCCCUCCGGCCGCGCCGUCCCCCUGGCGAGCCCGGCCCGCAGCCCCGCGGGGGAAGCGGAGCAGCGCUGCACCUGCCGCCACGCUGCCGUCCGCCCCGGCCGGCCAGCCGGGAGCUUAGCCGCCCCGAGCCGCCGCCACCGCCGCCGCGCUUACCUCGGCGCCGUGGGGCCGACCAGCAGCCAGCCAGGGGCCGGGACGAGGCGCCCGUGAACCUGCCGCCGUUCGCUCGCUCGCUCGCCGAGCGCACAAGGAAUCGGCGAUUUGCCCUCCUCGCGGGCGCUCCCGCCGCCGCGGCCGCUCCCCGGCGACCGCCCGCCUGCUUUCCCCCGCACGCACCGGGCAGUGCCGAGCGCGCCGCCGAGCCCCUGCGCCGCAGAGCACCCGCUACAGGAGCCGGGCGCCACCGGGCAGGGCAGGGCGGGGCGGGGCGGGGCGGAGCGCGGCGAUCCGCCCGCCUCCCGCCUCCGCCCGCGGCGGUCACUCACUUGCCCGCGCCCACCGCCCCCUCCCCUCCCGGCGCCGUGCCCGCCGGUUCGCGGCGCCCCCCUCACCGCCCGCGGAGCGCCGGCCACGUGACCGGGGCCCCUCGCCCGGCCGAGGAAGGGGGGUCCCGGCGUGCAGCGUCUUCAAUGGGGGAGGCGGAGGCGGGGCCCCGGUAG